AGUGUUUAAUUGUACAACCUGGCAGUUCUAAUAUAAGAAGUAAAAAUGAGUACUGUAGAUUGGGAUGAAGUUAAAAGAUUAGCAGCAGAUUUUCAAAAAGCACAAUUAAGUUCUACAUUACAAAAGCUAUCAGAGCGUAAUUGUGUGGAAAUUGUAACAAAGUUAAUAGAGGAUAAAUUGUUAGAUGUAAUAUUUACCAAUGAUGGUAAAGAAUAUGUUACACCGCAGCAUCUUAGCAAAGAAAUUAAAGAUGAAUUGUAUAUUCAUGGUGGAAGAAUUAAUUUGGUUGAUUUGUCACAAAUUCUUAAUGUUAAUUUGUCUCAAGUAUCUAAAGUAGCAAAUGACAUAGAGAAACAUACUAAAGGCUUAAAGAUAAUACUUGGGCAGCUAAUUGAUAAAACUUAUGCAAGCAAAAUUGCUGAAGAAAUCAAUGACAAACUAAUGCAACAUGGUUCUAUUAAUGUGUCAGAAUUAACAAUACAAUAUGAUUUACCAGCUGACUUUUUACAAUCAUUAAUUGAAAAAGAAUUAGGAAAAACUAUAUAUGGUAAACAAGAUGCACAAGAUUCUAGAGUGUUUUAUACAGAAAGCUUUAUAGCUAGAAAUAAAGCAAAAAUAAGAGGAGCCUUAUCUGCAAUUACAAAACCUACGGCAUUAUCAGCAAUUCUAGGACAAUGUUCUGUUUCAGAAAGAAUAUUUUUCUCAGUUGUAGAUAGCUUGCAAGAAAUGAAACAAAUUCCUGGUAUUGUAACAGGAAAACAAGGAACAAAUAGUCUUUAUAUACCAAGUAUAUAUUCCAAAAGUCAAAAUGAAUGGGUAGAUAAUUUUUAUAAACAAAAUGAUUAUUUAGAAUAUGAUGCACUUACUCGUCUUGGAAUAUCAGAUCCACAAAAUUUUAUAAAGCGUCAUUUUCCAAAUGAAAAUAUAGUCUGCUUAGAUUCUGUUGCUGUAGGUACAAGUAUUAGGGAUCAAAUUGAUUCAAAUAUUGAAGAAGCUAUUGUAACAGGAUCUUUUGUUGAUAUAAGUCCUCUUCUACCAUCUGUAUUCUCUGAUAAAGAUAUGGAAAUGCUUCUUAAGAUUGCAGAAAAAAAAAUAAAUAACAAUACAUAUGUAUUUGCAAAAACUGUAGUAAUGUCCAAUGCAUUUUUACAAUCAUUGAUUAAAUCUUUUGAAACAAUGGCAGAAGCAAAAGCUAGAGAAGCUGUAGCUAGUGGACAAUGGUUCCAAACAAUAGUAGAGAACAGGAUUAAAUCUAAAUCGGUAGAUCUAAUACUUGAAAGUAAAGGAAGUAAGAAAGAAGAACGACGAAAAAAGGCUACAACUGGCAAAGCAGGUGGUGGAAAUCAAGGAAGGGAAACUAAAACAAAAUCUACCAAAAAGAAAUACCUACAAGGAAAAAUUCGCGAUGUUGAUUCCGAUGAUGAAAAUGUAAAAAUUACAUCAACAAAAAAUGUUGAUCUUAAAUUAAUAUGUUUAGAAGAUAUUAAAACUGAAAUUGUAAAAGAUGAUAAUUUGGCAGUAAUUGAUGAAUUAGUGGAUGAAUUAGCAUUAUAUUUACUACAAAGAGUAAAUAAUCAUGCUAUAUCCGUUGCGGAUCAGUUAGCGCAGAAUAAUAAAACUACUAAUUUAAGCGAAAUUGAAGAACAUUUAAAUGUUUUAGUAACAAACAUUAAGAUAUUUGACAAAGGCAUCAAGCAUAUGGAUAAAACAAAUCAACCUGCUUUAACAAAGUACUUAUUAAAAUCUCUUGGUACUGAUUUUGUGAACGAAUUAUUUAAAUUAGCAGCACAACAAAACAUGCUUCAAAUCCCUGAGAAUAUUACCACUGAAACAAGGCAAAAAAUGCUACUUGACUUGCCAGAAGAUGUAAAAGAUCCUUUAAACAAUAUACACAAAUCUAUUUCUGGAAAUUCCAUAGAUGAGUUCUUAAAUUUUGUAGAUGUUUCAAUGGCAACUUGCUGUCUAGUAUUAAAAAAAUAUGAUAAAAAGAAAAAAAGAGCAUUUAUUUUAGGCCACAGAGAAGCUUUGUUAGAGGAACUUAAUUCUACUCAAGAUCCUGCAUUAGCACUACAUGUAGUCACAAGUAUAUUAUUUACUGCAGCAACACAAGAUGUUUUACACAUGUCUGGAAGACAUGUAUCUACAGUUCUUUCAUUUCUUCAAGCACAGUUACAACCUUCAACAAUGGAAAUAUUAUCUAAAUAUCAUGAUAUGGUGCUAAAAAGUUUAACUUGUUCAGAUGAACAAACAAAGCAUGAUAGUCAAAAGGAAUUAGAAGCUGGAUUGGUAGAAAUUAAAAAUAUUGCAAAUAACUACAAACAACAUUUAAAAAAUGAUAAACCACAAGAAUAG